GGCGGCCCAGGUGAACUCGUUCUGUAGCUUGUUGUAUCUCAAGCCAUCUGACAGCUUGUUGUAUCUCAAGCCCUAUGGAGCCUCCUCACAAAUAUCGAUCCCUGGCGUGUGGUCAAUCUGAUUUUGUGGAUGGGAAGGUGCCACUAUGGGCCCUCUACGCCAAGGUGAACUUUGAUUCGUUAGAGUCCGAACACGGCCGCAACGCCGACGAGGAGGCGCCCAGAGCAGACGAGGAAAAAAAGGCAGAUGAGCAACCAGCAACCAGCGACCUGCGAGGCCCGAAGAAAGAGCGUUGCGAGGAGACGGAGCCAGAGCAGGAGCAGAGCACCGUCAUCGAUUGCAUCAUUGUCAGCAGCUCCGACGACGAGGGAAUCUGGUGAUGUGGCCGAGAGCGCGCACCAAUCGGGGGGCACGCCAGGGAGUGCGAAUUGUUGUGUGUUGGCAUCGCCACG